AUGGCGCACGUGGGGCUGGAGACCUUCGUGUCCGUCGCCAAGACGCUGCCAUCGCCCCAAGUGUACGAUGUCGUGGAGGGAUACGUGAAAAUUUCUAUGGAGUGCGCUGAGAUAUUCAAGCUUCUCGAUGGAGAAAGGAAGCCUGAAAGUGAAAUGCUGUUAAUCUUUCAAGCUCUAGAAGCCAUUUUACUGAGGACAGCCAGCGACCUCUCACAUUUUUCUGUUGUGGGAAUGAACAUUGUCAAAAAGUUGAUUCAUUCCUAUAUGAAACUGGUCUAUGCUGCAUUGUAUUCUGAAAAUUACACGAUGAGCCGAGGAUGCCUUACACUGUUGUCAGCAAUGGUGGCUCAGGGCCCAGAUUCAGCAAGGGAUGUAUAUAGUCAUUUUGAUUUCAAUAACAAAUACCUGCCUGGAUUGUUGACAAAAGGAUUUAAGAAGGGAAGAACAGAUGUCCGCAUGGCCUAUAUUCAGUUCGCUCUCUCCUUUCUCAUUGCUGGGGACAAUGCACUCUUGGCACAGGUGCUGGAAUUGAAAGAUUUCAUUCCAGGUAUUCUUCGCUCUGAAAUAAAGGAAGACCGAGUUUCUACUGUCAAUCUUUUACUUUCCACACUGAGAACUAAGGUGGUUCAUAACAAAAAUAUCAGCAAAACUCAGAAGGUGCGCUUUUUCACUGCAGAAGUGUUGCUUCACAUCGCUUCACUGUACCGUUGGAAUGGGAUUACUGAUGUCAGCCCUGAGGAUUUAAAGGUGGCUCAAGGUUCUGAAGAGGUGGGAAAAGCAAUGGUGCGAGAACUUGUGCAUAGUUUCUUAAUGGACCUCUGCUGCUCUCUGAAACAUGGCAUAACAUUCUAUGAUCCAAGUCUUGGAACUUCUGGCAAGGGAGGAAAUGUGGUACUUCUGCACUUCCUGCUUGGUUUAAAAACUGCAGCAGAAGAUGAAAUGGUUGCUGAUCUCCUGGUGAAUAUUCUCAAAGUAUGCCCAGAUUUAUUGAAUAGAUACUUUAAGGAGACCCAUUACUCCUUUGUUCCUAGAGUGGCACCUGCUUGGAUGGACAAUGUGAAGUUACUCAAGAAGAUCUACGAGGCUCAACCAGACAUCUCCAAUUGUUUUAAGACUUCAGAGUUUAUUCCUCUUCCCAGAUUGCUGUCUAUGGUGAUGGUAACAACAGUCCCUGCAGUGUGCAAUAAAACGAUGCUCAGCAAAGGGUUAAAUAAGAACAGCAUAGUGGUGAAGCACAGCAUCCUGUCACUGGUAUCCAUGGUGCUGAGAAGAGCCCUGAGGAACAUUGAGCACUGUUUGUGUGAAGAAACCUGGCGAAGGUCACAAAUCUACACGCUGCCAGCAGUGCAGGAGUUUGUGCAGCUGUACAGAGAAGCUGUCAGCAAGGUUUUACCAGACGUGAAUAAUCUAGUGGCUGUCUGGCAGUCCCUUCUGAAGCAAAAGGGAGAACAUACCGAUGGCCCAGCAGAGGAAAAGGAAGGUGAUGUCUCCACUGUCAAGGCCAUGACCGAAGCAGGAGUUGCUGAGCAGCAUGGUUCAGAUGAUGCUGAGAUGCUGCUUCUGAAAGCUGCACUGCUUCAGGUCAUAUGUCUUUAUCAGAAGGUUGUGCCCCACUUGGUAGCACGGAGCAACUUUGAUUUUAGCAAGCUGCUAAAAGGUGUAGUCACUGAAAAGCGCUUGCGGGAGGAGGUCCCUCCUCUUCUGCAGCACCAUAUCCUGAAAGUGGCUUUGGAACUUCCUGCGAACAAAUUUGCCUGGUUCAGAGUACAGGGUAUCUCUGAGACGGAGAAGAUACCUGGUGAAAAAUCAGUCUUCUAUUUACUGAUGAAAAUGUUCGUUACAACUACCCAUUCUCAUCUGAAAAUUUCCACCAAAAAAUUAAUCAUUAAGGUUUUAUGUGACAGUGGAGUGUUUGAGUACACGUGGAAGGAACUUUCAAUUUGGCUGGAGCACUUGGAUAAGACAAAAGAAGACCAAAAGGAAGCAGUGAUUCAGUUUUUGGAAAGGAUCCUGCUGAAGCUGGUGACAAACCCCUACACCUACACAGAUAAGGCAGCAGACCUGGUUCAGGAAGCCAGCGUGCUCCAGGUGGCUGUGUUUAAACAGGACUCCGAUAACAUCAGCAUCCCUGUCUCUCACAUCGAUGAUGUCCUGGAUAUGGUGGAUGUCCUGAUUGAGGGCAGUGAUGGCUUUGAUGAAGAAAUUGGGUUCUCUUUAAAUGAAGACAUGAUUAUCCAGACAUUUCCCUUCAGUGCUGUUGUCCCUGCUGCAUUAGAAGCCAGGAAUAUACUGUUGCUUCAGUCUGAAAAUGGAACAGGAGCGCACGUUGUAGAGUACCUUGUUGCUGUUUUCACUGAGCUCCUGCACUCUCAGAGAGAACCCCUUGCUCUUUGCUUGAUGUUCCAGCUCUAUGAUAAAGAUCUCGAGUCCCUGGAAGUUGCUAAGUAUCCUCAGCUCUACCAGUUUAACCAGUACUAUAAACUCUGGAUACCCAAGCAGUCUCAGGAAUCUGUGGUAUGGAAUACCUGAAGCCACUGAAUUCUUGAGCCAGUAUUCCUAUGGGAUGAGAGAGGAAGCAAGACCCUGCUGGAAGGUGGUGUUCAGACAAAAUUGAGAGACUUGGCUUCCUGGCUCCCACCUGACCAGCUUUUGUUGGGAGUAAAGCACGUGCUCUUAUACCUGAAAUCCACAGUGGAGAACUUCAGCAGUGUAAGAGCAAUAUUGACCCUGGAGGAUACACUCACCUUGAUUUUCAGACAUCCUACACUGGAGAGCUGGUUCCUGGCGUUGGAGCUGCGCUCUAUUCCUCAGCCUGGUCUGAACCCUGUCACUGUGAAGCUCCUGUCAGCUCACCUCAAUUCUGGGGUGCUCCAGCUGCUGAAAACAGGCGCCCCCAUCCUGCAGAGCAUUACAACGGAUCACAGACACGUCUUGUCCAGGUACUUCGAAGCCAUCACCAAAAGUGUCCUGGAAGAGCUGCAGACUGUGGGGAAGGACAGAAGCCAGGUCUGUCCCAGGAAGUCUCACCAGCUGCAGGCUCUGGAGGAGCUGCAUGUGUACAUGACUGCAGCUCAGCUGAAGGAGAUCACUUUGACCAUGCUGCAACUUCCUGAGAAUAGCUUGACUUCUCAGAAAUCUGAAAAAUCCCCUAAAAUAGGGAAGCAGUUAAGCUUCUGUGGACAAAUUUUGGUGCAGCUCCUUACAGACAGCUACCAAAGACAUCCCCAGCAAGGAGAACUUCUGCUGUCUGCAGAGCACGUUACGGCUUUGGGGGAAUUGAUGCCAGCAUCAGCCAGCAAAGAUUUGGAGCGAGUUUUCCUUCAGGCUCUCCAGAGUGAGCCAGUCCUUGCUCUCGCAGGUGGUGUCGAGGUGCAGGCUCACUGUCUUGCCCAGUGCUCACACACCUCCCUGGCCACUGCAGCCAUGCUGAUCCAGCACUCCAGGACUCACCUGCUGCAGUUGGAGCUCUGGUGUCUGAGUACUGCCACCGGGAAGUACCUGAGGAAAUACAUGGACAGCUUUCUUCCACUCAUUCAUGUGUAUUUGCAAUGCAGAGACCUGUAUGGUUUCAGCCGACCUUCUGCAGUUGUCUCGGCUGUCACACCUGUCCUGAGGAAAGCCCUGUGGAAGGAGCUCUGCGCUGGGAUUCAGGACGCCGGAGCGUCCCACGAGGCCUCCGAGAAACUGCAAAUUCUUUCUAAGUUGUUGCCACCUUUGGAAAGCAAAGAGCUGCACAAUCUAAUGGACCAGCUUCCUGCUGCUCUGGAGAAGGCAGGGAAUGGAGAGAGGUGGGCAGUGUGUGCUUGCCUCCCCCAGGGCACGUUUGUCCUGGGAAGCGCUGUGAUGGGAAUGGGGGCAGUAACAACAAAAAUCGCUGUAGAAGCUCCGUGUGCCAAAUGUAAACCAAUGCCUGCUUUUCCUUGCUGCAGACAGUGUGUGGUUGAAGAAGUGGACCCAGGUGACUGGUGCAGCCUUGUGAAGACAGGACUCAAGUACCGUUACAGAGAUGAAACAUUUCUGAAGGUCCUGAACGUUGCCAUCCAAUUACUAUACAAGAAAGAGUCCUCACUUAGUCAGAGCUUAGUCAGGCUCUCCAAAAUUCACAUGAUGGUCACACAGCACUCUCUAUUUUUGUCAACCAUCCUGAGAUCAGUAGAAGAAGAUGGCACGAAGAUCCACACAAGAGGGGGGCUGCUGCCACCACAGGAGAUGGAAGAGUCACUUUAUAAAGAUGGAACAGUCAAGAGCCUUGAUGACUUCUAUGAUCCUUGUUUUCUACUUCAACUCUUCAGUGAACUGACCAGACCAGAGUGUGUGGUGGCAUGUCACAAGUUUGUGGAAGUCAAUGCCCUGGGUCUCACAGUGGCUGCCCUGAGCAGCUAUGACCCCAACAUGAGAGCAGCUGCAUAUUUUGUCCUGGCUUCCUUCCGCUCCCAUCUGGAAGGGGCUCGCUUUCGAGAGAAGAGCCAGUUGCUGUAUCUCUUGGAUGCUGUGCAGAAUGGAAUCAAGCAGCCAAACCUCAGGGUCACCUUCUCCCUGACCCUCUACAUUGCUCGUGUGGCACAGCAGAUGCUGAAGCCAGAGGAGCACAUGUACAUAAAGGUAAACAGAUUCCUUCUGUCACACCAGUAUUUGGACCUGAGGAAAGUACCAGAUUUUUUCCAGCUUUUCUACAGUUUUGAUUUUGAGUACAAAACAGAGCGAGAGUGGAUCCUCAGAUUUCUUGGGGAGGGGCUGCGUGACAAACAUUGCUAUGAGCUUUAUGACUACCAGAGGAUUUUCCAAAUCAUUCUUUCCUUUUUCAACAGUCCUUUGUGUGAUGGGGGCUCCCAGAGUCGUAUUCUGGAGAUAUUACAAAGCGCUGCCCGUGUCACCAGAGCUGCCUAUGAGCUGAUCCAGGAUCACAGCCUCCUCACGUGGCUCCUGCACAGCUUAGAGAAAAGGUUUCUGGAAAACAAGGUGAUAAAUAAAAUCAUUUCCUUACUCCAUACUCUGUGGUUAACAAAUUUAGGAGACAAGAGAGAAAACAAGAAUCAAUCCCAGGAGAAGAGGAAACUUCUUCCUAUUCAGCUUGUAAAUGAAUUUCUGUAUGUUUUGGUCACGUUGAUCAAACAUAUUGGGACUAAUGUAGAUGUGGCCAAGCUGACAGAGUUCUUCAGCACCUUCAGCUCUGUGCUGGAAUACCGUGCGGUUGUUGUGGAGGCUUUUAGGGAGAUGAGGCGUUUCAUGGCCAAUGACAGCGUCCUGUCCAGCAGGGACCUGCUGCUGCUGCUGCACAAGUGGAGCCUUGUCAGCAAAGACCUGCAGCUGCAGGAGGAGCUGCAGGCCCUGGCCUGGAAGUGCCAAAACAAAGAAUUGCUCAAAAAUGUUAAAGACAAGAACAAACCUCAAGCUUCAUCUCACGUGUAUCGUCACACUGGGAAAAAGAACGAGGUUGAAGAAGAUGACGCUGCUGCAGACAUGGAAGUGUCUGAGCUGGAGAAAUGCAGAGAACAUCUGAAUUCCAUCCUUGUCCAUUGGGACCCUGUUUUCCCAGCAGCACCCUGCACACGGGGAGGGGAGACCCUGAGGGCCAGUGAAGGUGGGGGCGAGGCAGUGGCCGUCACCUGUGCAUCCAUUCACGUGGUCACUAAGUGGCUGGUGAGGUCCCUGGCUGGGCAGAGCCUCCUCAGGGAGCAGGACGUGUCCCCAGCGCUGAGGUGGCUGCAGAACCGUGUCCUGCCACACCUGGCGGCCGCGUGGGAGGUGCUCGGGGAUGAGACACUGAGGAACAACCUCUUCAAGCUUUACAGCCGGCUCUGCCAGGCCAGCAGCUCCUCAGCUGGGCUCUCCAGGGAGCUCGGUGUGCUGGGUUCCAUCAUGCUCCAGCUCAUGGAGGAGCAGGGCCCGUCCAGCACCUUCCAUGAGCUGGUGAAAUCCCUUUGCCUAUCAGCGACAACAGAAGAGGAUGCAGACAGGAGAGCUGUUUCUGUGUUCCUGACUUCCGUUUACAUCGGGGACAUGUGGCUUGGAGCUCAGCAGCCAGAUAUGUUACUGACCCACGUCAGGUUGGUCUGCACUAGUGCAGGUGGUGAACUGCAGGAUGGCUUGGGAACUCCGAAACAAGGAGAAGAACCUAUUGUGUCUCUUUGCAAAAAGAUUUGGCUACAUCAAGGCAUUAAUUCAGGGCACUAACACUUCCUCUUCAACAUUCUGUGCUCUGCCAUCAUCGCUGUGAGCCCUGAAAGCCUCCUGAGCUGUUCUCAUACAGACCUAACUUGUUUGGUUCAAAAAAAAUUUUACUUUUGUUUGGUGAAAAAAAACCUUAUUACUGUGUGGAAACUCAUGGGGAAGAUAUUAUUCAACAUCUCUCAGUGGGACAUUAAAGCUUCAAUUUCCCUUUUCUUGAACAGUCUGAAGCACAAUAUUACUUUAUAUCAUUUUUAUUACAGGCAUUUUUAACUUUUUGAAAACUAGGAAGUCUGUUUGUGCAUAUGUAUGUCGCUAAUAUCCAUCCUCUCUCCAGUGCAGGAUGGGAAAAAAGGGCUGCAGAGCUUCCUACAAUGGGCUGUAAGUGCAAAUAACGAGGAGCCAGAGGUUUAGUCAUGAUGAUUUAUUAUUUCUUAAAAGAACCUGAUUGAUUUCAUGAUAGCAAAACCAGUACGAAUAGAAGAUUGAAGUCGGGAAUCAUGGUGGCCUCCUCGGGUUUAAAAAGCUUUAAUGGCUUUUGAAGGCAUUUAUAUCAGACCUGGUUUAUUUUUAUUCCCCAUUGAUUAAAUUUUUUAAAAAAUCCCUGAUCCGUCACUGCUGCUGUGAUGUGUGACAAAAGGCCAUCUUCCCUCCACUUGGAAGAGGUGAGAGAUGGAGCUAAACCCCAAAGGAUUUUCUGCUCACUGAUUACACCUGAGUUUUAGUGGGGAUUCUCUGCAAAAUCUGAUCAGUUGUUCUUGACUGUGGCCAUGAGGGGAGUCGAACGUGCCAGCCCAGAUCUGCAAACAUGCAGUGCCAGAAGGAGAACCUUUGAAAUGUGAACCAGGAUUUCUUCAGUGACUCGCGAGUGCCUGCUGGGCUCAGGUCCUCUGUGCAAACACUGUACAGGGAAAAGGCAGGACUGCACAUUCCUUGUGAUAUGAAUUGAGUUGUGGGGGGGUUAAAUAAAAACGAGAUGCAAAGGAA